CAAAAGAAAAUUAUAGAGAAUGAAGGGAAUAAAAAGACUUGUGUUACAUUAGAGAGAGCAUUAAAUGAACCAUGUGCAGCUUUCAUAUGGGCAUGCCAUUUGCAUCCAAGAACUUCAAGACAAAACACAUUCUAAGAGAAGAAUGUUUGUAUGCCUGUCUUUGUCAUACAUUAUUGUUCAAUCAAACGAUAAUGAGGACCUAAGAAAGAUUCUUCCUCCCAAUAUUCUAAGCUCUGUCUUUUACCCUCCCGCAAAACCAAGUGAAAAGAAAAAGGCACCCAUCUUCUCCAAAAGCUACAAAAGGGGCUUUUGGGGCAAAAAGCCAAAGCAUCCUCUAAUCUAUCAUGCCUCCAAACAUAUCCUUCCAAGUACUAUACUUUCAACUAUGUUUUGGAGCUUUCUUCAUGUCCACUUCUGCUUUUGCCUCGUCCUUCACUUUCACUACCCAAAGUAGUCUCUUAGAUUGGCCACAACCUUUUCUUCUUGGACUUUGCAGCUCCCUUGCCGAUUCUCAUUCCCUUUUCUAAAUCAUUUAGACUUUCAUUGAUCCUCUAAACACCUUAGUUUAACACAACCCAACAUUCCAUCAUAUAUAUAUAGAGACACUAGAGUUCAUUUGUUUUGCAUCCAAGAGGAGGUCAGAAACAUAAACUCUGUACCUCAU